GAGGGACUGGGGCUCCCGGAUUCCUGGGUCUCCGGGAGGAGGGGAGUGUCUGAGGGAGGAGGUCCUGGAGCGCCUGGAUUCCUGAGUCUGAGGGAGGAGGCGAGUGUCUGAGGGAGGAGGGACUGGGGCCAAACCCAGGUCUCCAGCCUUCCUGGCAACGCCUCCCGGGGCCGGACUUCCAGGAUCCAGCCCCUAUUGAUGGUUUGAUGAGAGGCUCUCACGCGGCUUUGGAGGUGGACAGAGGCUCAGAGUAGAGAGACAGACAGAGACCGACGGAGACGGGAUGGCCACGGGAACGCGCUAUGCCGGGAAGGUGGUGGUUGUGACCGGGGGCGCGCGCGGCAUCGGAGCCGGGAUCGUCCGCGCCUUCGUGGACAGCGGGGCCCAAGUGGUUAUGUGCGACAAGGAUGAGUCUGGGGGACGGGCGCUGGAGCGGGAGCUCCCUAGAGCUGUCUUUAUCCUCUGUGACGUGACUCAGGAAGAUGAUGUGAGGAACCUGGUUUCUGAGACCAUCCGCCGAUUUGGCCGCCUGGAUUGUGUUGUGAACAACGCUGGCCACCACCCACCCCCUGAACAGUGGCCCGAGGAGACCUCCACCCAGGAAUUCCGCCAGCUGCUGGAGCUGAACCUGCUGGGGACGUACACCUUGACCAAGCUUGCCCUCCCCCACCUGCGGAAGAGCCAGGGGAACAUCAUCAACAUCUCCAGCCUGGUGGGGGCGAUCGGCCAGGCCCAGGCUGUUGCCUAUGUGGCCAGUAAGGGGGCAGUAACGGCCAUGACCAAAGCCUUGGCCUUGGAUGAAAGUCCUUAUGGUGUCCGAGUCAACUGCAUCUCCCCAGGAAACAUCUGGACCCCACUGUGGGAGGAGCUGGCAGCCUCAACACCAGACCCUAGGGCCACAAUCCUAGAGGGCACGCUGGCCCAGCCACUGGGCCGCAUGGGCCAGCCUGCUGAGGUGGGGGCCGCGGCAGUGUUCCUGGCCUCUGAAGCCAACUUCUGCACUGGCAUUGAGCUCUUCGUGACAGGGGGUGCAGAGCUGGGGUACGGGCGCAAGGCCAGGAGGAGCACACCCGUGGACGUCCCUGAUAUCCCUUCCUGAUUUCCCACAUUUCUCCUUGGGGCCGCCUUCCUGGGACUCUCCUACCCCAAACCCAACCUGUAUCAGAUGUAGCCCACAAGUAUUAGACUCGGAGCCUGUUUAGGAAGGUGCCAGGUCACCCUGCAGGUUCCCAUAAAAGCGAUUUGCAGCCAGAA